ACUCUCGCUUUGUCGGGUACGUAGUUUGCGAGCUCUCUUCGGUCUGGUCGUGCGAUGUUCUCGUAACAUAAAACGGUCCUAUCGAAAAUAUCGUUCUUCCGGUUAUUUCUUUCGUUCAAAAUUGCUGGUGAAUGAUUAUGUGCUUUUGCUGUGUUGAUCAUAAUCUGUGUUAAGUUUUGUGUGCCUGUGUGUGUGCUUUACCAUUUGGAUAACCAAUUAACCAUUUGACCGGGAUUUCCCGUAUUACAUGCAGUUAAAUAACAAUAUUGACCAGGAACAAAGAGUGUCGCUUAAAAGAGAGAAGGUGCAAGAAUAUUUAGCAUAUCAGUAAAUAGCUAAAACGGAUAGCUUCAGAUCUCUACUCCCUUCCUAAAACUUUGCACCGCUCUGACCGGCUCUAGUUCCUAGUCGUCACUAUUUCGCUGUGACACUUGUCAACCUUAUCAAUUUCUAUUUAUACAGCUGACUUUUAACAAACUUUCAUCAUGGUCUCAAUUUCGCUACUUUUUAAGAACCAUUUACAAACAUUUUCACUUCUCGCGUUUGCUAGUGUUCUUAUAGUGAUCAAAUUAGUGCCGUCGGUUCAUGCACUGAGAGACUCUCCCGUGUUCUUGAACGAGUUUGCCGUUCAUAUUCCGGAGGGAGACGCCACUGCUGACGUAAUGGCCGAGAAACACGGAUUCAUUAAUAAAGGACAGAUCGGCAGUUUAAAAGGAUUCUACCUCUUUGAGCAUCAACGUAUUCGCAAAAGAUCAGUUAAGGCCAAUGAUGACAUUCAUAAGACCCUACAGUCGGAACCACAGAUACUUUGGGUUCAGCAACAACAUGAAAAGAAACGCAAGAAGCGUGACUACGUAUCUUCCACGCCAUCACCAUCAAUCUUCAGUCAAUAUUUUACCGGAGUAGCUCCGGAAGCUCAGUCACAUGGUCAACCCCACUACAGAGCUGUUCCAGAUGUUGCUUUUCCAGAUCCUCUAUAUAGGGAACAGUGGUACUUGAAUGGCGGUGCUAAAGAUGGACUAGACAUGAACGUAGCACCAGCAUGGCAAAAAGGUUAUACUGGAAAGGGUAUAGUUGUAUCUAUCCUCGAUGACGGUAUCCAAACAAACCAUCCCGACUUGCUUCAAAAUUAUGAUGCCCAAGCCAGCACAGAUAUUAAUGGUAAUGACGAUGAUCCAAUGCCACAAGAUAAUGGCGAUAAUAAGCAUGGAACAAGGUGUGCUGGAGAAGUCGCCGCAGUAGCCUAUAACAAUAUAUGUGGAAUUGGAGUUGCAUAUAAUGCUAGUAUAGGAGGUGUACGAAUGUUGGAUGGAGUAGUUAACGAUGCAGUAGAAGCCAAAGCAUUGGGGCUAAAUCCGGAACAUAUUGACAUUUACAGUGCAUCUUGGGGUCCAGAAGAUGAUGGAAAAACGGUUGAUGGUCCUGGUCCACUUGCUAGACGUGCAUUUAUCUACGGUGUGACUAGUGGAAGAAAAGGCAAAGGCUCCAUAUUCGUAUGGGCAUCUGGAAAUGGCGGUAGACACACAGACUCUUGUAACUGCGAUGGAUAUACAAAUAGCAUAUUUACUUUAAGCAUUUCCAGUGCCACUCAAGGAGGAUUCAAGCCUUGGUAUUUAGAAGAAUGCUCCUCGACAUUAGCGACAACCUAUAGUAGUGGUACUCCUGGACAUGACAAAAGUGUUGCAACUGUAGAUAUGGAUGCUAGACUAAGGCAAGAUCAUAUUUGUACUGUAGAACAUACUGGAACAUCGGCAUCAGCACCUUUAGCAGCAGGUAUAUGCGCAUUAGCCUUAGAAGCAAACCCAUCUUUAACUUGGAGAGACAUGCAGUAUCUGGUGGUACUUACAUCUAGAGCAGAACCACUAGAAAAGGAAAAUGGCUGGAUAGUAAAUGGAGUGAAACGAAAAAUAUCUCAUAAGUUUGGGUAUGGUUUGAUGGAUGCUGGGGCCCUAGUGGGCUUAGCUGAACGAUGGACCACAGUACCUCCCCAACAUAUAUGCAAAAGCCAAGAAGUUAUUGAAGAUAAAACUAUACCACAUACCUAUGGUGCCACUCUGGAUUUCUACAUGGACGUUGACGCAUGUUCAAACUCCCUGAACGAAGUAAAAUUCCUUGAACAUGUCCAGUGCAAAAUAUCUCUCAGGUUCUUUCCGAGAGGCAACUUACGCAUUCUUUUAACAUCGCCCAUGGGAACUGUAUCCACCCUAUUGUUUGAGAGGCCAAGGGACGUUGUUAGUUCCAAUUUCGAUGACUGGCCAUUUUUAUCAGUGCACUACUGGGGAGAAAAAGCUGAAGGAAGAUGGAGGCUGCAGAUCAUCAAUGCUGGCAGUAGACAUGUAUCGCAAGUUGGCAUAUUAAAAAAAUGGCAGCUGGUAUUCUACGGCACAAACGUUAAUCCUGUUCGUCUACGAUCACCAAACGGAAUUCGUUCGUCACCAUGGAAGGCCCCAGUUAGCUCGUUUGUAUUUCCAACUCAACCCCAACCAGUAACUCCAGUAACCGAUAACUUCUUUGAUCCCUCUGAUGUUUUCAACAACUUCCCACAUGUUUACUCCUUCUCGGGUUCGGAAUUAUCCCCCGAAGUAAGCUCUUUAAACGAGAAAAACGUCAAAGUGAGCAGGGAAAAUAGAAAUAUGGAAUUCGACGAGGAAACAAAAGACGGAUGCGAUGAUCAGUGCGAUGACCAAGGUUGUUUCGGGAAAGGACCUACAAAGUGCAUUGCUUGCAGGUUCAAGCGUAUGGAUAACGCAUGCGUCAGCGCAUGUCCUCCAAGAAGCUACAGUGACCAAGGAGUCUGUAAACCGUGUCAUGAAGCGUGCGAAACGUGCACCGGUCCAGAUCAAAAGAGUUGCGUCACUUGUGCCCCCGGCCACGUCAGGGUUCUCGACUUGGAUAUUUGUUUGCAACAGUGUCCUGAAAAUUAUUUUGAAAAUUUCGCCGAUAGAACAUGCAUCUCUUGUCAUGCGAACUGUGCGGGAUGUGAAAACCGUCCUGACCACUGUACUAGCUGCGAUCAUCAUCUUUUAUUGUACCAGAAUAAGUGCCUAGCAUCUUGUCCUCCAAAUACUUUUGAAACAAAUGAUUACAGAUGUGCUCCCUGCGACGAAUCAUGCGAAACAUGUAUAGGCGGGAACAGCUCUCAAUGCGUCAAAUGUCCAGCUGGAAAGUACUGGAAUGAAGGACGUUGUGUAAGCGAGUGUCCUGCGCAUCAUUUCUCAGACUUUAACCAACGAGAAUGCGUGGAAUGUCCUCCAGGCUGCAGCGAAUGUAAUGCUUCUACUUGUAUAUCGUGCUUAGACGAUUGGAAAGUUAAUUUAAAGGGUCGUUGCCAAACUCAAUCAAGCAACAAGUGUGAUGUUGAUCAAUACUAUGACAAUGGCAUAUGUAAGCAAUGUCAUUCCACUUGCGAUACAUGCGAUGGUCCCACUGAACGAGCAUGUUUGUCGUGUGCAAGUCCACUAAUACUUCAUGGAACAAAAUGCGUGGGUGCUUGCGAAAACGGUUUUUACCAUGAGAAAGAAACGCAGAUAUGCGAACCGUGCUUGCACACUUGCGCAAAAUGCGUUGCCAAGAUGAAUUGCACCGAUUGUAUUACUGGAUUACAGCUUCAAAGUGGUGAAUGUCACACCACCUGCGCCCAAGGAUACUACAGCGACAAAGGACUGUGCAUGAGAUGUUACAUGAGCUGUAAGACGUGCAGUGGUCCAGGCCCCGAUCAGUGUGUCUCCUGUCCCGAUUCAUGGCUGCUGCUUAAUGGCGAGUGUAGACCAGAUUGUCCGGCUGGCUAUUACAAGACAGAAUAUGGCUGCCAGAAGUGUCAUUAUUCUUGUGCAAACUGUCCAGAGUGCAAAGUUCAAGAGGACAAAAGAAAAAUCAACGUUCAAGCUCUUCUGCUCUCCGCCCAGCCAGUAUCGAGUCUGCAGCUCGUCAAUCCUUUUAACUUUGUUACCGGACUCGCUGUUAUUGCCUGCCUAUGCAUCAUAAUUCUCUUUGUAGUCGUCUUUCUAGUUUUACAGCGAACGAGCUCUCAGGUAAACCAACGUGGAUUCAGCCGUGUCUCCAUAAGAAAACCCAAAGUGACCUGCAACUACAACGUGGUCGCCGUGAGCGACGGCGACAGUAGCGACUCAGAAGCCUCAGACCUCAUAAAAAACAAACCCAAACCCGAAAACAAAACGACUUGCUAAACAAUUACCGAAAUGUAAAUAAAUAACUUUGUAAAACCCCGCAUGAGACACUGACUAAUUCAAAUAUGGCGAAUUCAAUUUUUUUCUACAAAAUUUUAAUUUUAGUUUUCUUAUAGUUAAGUUGUGUAAAAGCCUCGAAAAAUUCUUAUAACGUAUUUGAUAUCACAGUACAUACAGGGUGGGACUGACCACUGAUGUAGAUCACUCUUUACAUUUACGAAUUCGCCAUUUUGUCUAGACAGAUUUUAUUUUUUUUUUAACAUUAAUUAUAUUUUUUAUCAGGAUUAUUAUAUGCUUUCGUAAAGAUAGGCACUUCAUUAAGAAAAAUUUUGUAUAUAUCUCUUAAAAUACAACUAUAUAAAAAUGUUAAUUAUGUCUUAUCAGUGAGCGGGCGUUUUAAGGGAAUUGGCUUGUAACUACAUCAGACCAAUUUACUCAGAGCUGCUCCUCCUAUUCUUUUAUAUUGUGAUAUUAAUUCAAUACACCCAUGUUACCAUAACCUAAUUCAUAUUCUUGGACUUAUGGAUGUUUGAUGUUCUCCACCUUACCAGAUAAAUAAAUGUAGUCGUAUGUAAAAGUUACAGAAAAAAAAACAAUGUAAAAGGUUUUUAUAAAUGAUCCAUAAAUGUUAUAUUUGUAAGGUAUGAGGUUUUAGGGUUACAAACGUAAAAUCAGCAACAAUUUUAUGAGUUUUAAGUGUAAUUGAUAUUUACAUUAUAAUUUUAUUAAAAUUUUAUAUUAUAUAUUUAAAAUUUAUAAAAAAUGUUCUUCAGUAUUGUAAGAACAUUUUUUUAAUAACCCUUAGCUGAAUACUGGCAGAUAAAUAAAACGAUGUAGUCUAUAUCCCAUAAUGUAAAUAAGUAUAUUCUAAUUAUAAUAAAUAUCAAGUUCUUAACGACUAUGAACCAAAAAAAAGAAGAUCUGUAAAGUAAUAUUUAUACAUUAUAACCAGGUACCACUUGGUCUAUGCAGGGUCCUUAGUUAUUUCGAAAAAAAAAGUAAAUUUAUGACACAAAACUUAGUGUAGUAAUAACAUGAUAGUAUCAUAAUGGAAUUUUAUUAAGAAUAUACAUGUUUUUAGAUUUUA